GCACGCGGGCAGGCAGCGGUUAGGCGCGAGGCCGCGGGCAGCCGGCGCUGGGCAGGCAGGCAGGGAGGGCAGGAAGCGGAGCCAUGCGGACCAAGCUGCAGCUGCUGUGCGCUCUGGCGGCGCUGCUCUGCGCCGCGGCACCGGGUCCGCACCGCGCUCGGGGAGCGGCGCCCGCAGUGCCCCCUGCGGGAGAGGGCGAUGGGUACGGAAUGAAGCUGUGCGGGAGGGAGUUCAUCCGCGCCGUCAUCUUCACCUGCGGCGGGUCCCGCUGGAAGCGCCUCUCCGCGCUGGCCAUGGAGCCGACGCCCGCGGCCGAUUCUGCGCGAACAGCAAGUAACAAACUACUGGGAAACUUGAAGCUGCAAUCAGUUUCGGGGCCUGAAGUGGAGCAGCAGCGGAGAAGCAGCCAGUCUUUUGGAUGGGAGAUGAUUAAUGACUUGUAUAAUUUGAAUGACAUUAAUGAGUAUGUACCUGUGGCAGAUGACUUUAAAGAACUUGUUCGGAAAGUAGAGGAGGCUAUUAAGAAAGAGAAGGGGGGAACAGGAUUUGCAAACCCCAUGGGGUCAAACAAUUACCUUUGGGCCAAGUAUCCCAGACGAAAACGUGACUCUCUGGGUUUGGCAGGAAUUUGUUGCAAAUGGGGCUGUACAAAAGCUGAAAUUAGUGCCAUAUGCAGAGUUUAAAAUCCUCUCCACAUUUACGCUUGAAAUCAAUGUUUGUUGCAGUGCUACUUUAUUGAAUAAUGUACGGAGGAAGAAAGCUCUCACUGUAUUUUGUUUGUGUCUGUGUGCCUGUCAAUACUGCUGA